CUGGCAGCAGCUGAGACCGUUUGGCGAAGAUGGCGGACUCGCUGUCGUCAAGUCUGGGAGAAGAGAAGGAGAAGGAGAAAGAGGACAGAGAGAAGGACAGAAAGGCCACCAAAACAGAGAAGAAAGACAAGGAUGGAGUCACGGAGACGUCUGGCUUUAACAACAAAAACGGCGGCGGUAAAGGCAAGAAACGCAGCCUCUCAGACCUGUCCCUGGUCAGGUUUAUAACCGCUGAGCUCACCAGAGGAUACUUCCUGGAACACAAUGAGGCCAAAUACACAGAGCGCAGAGAGAGGGUCUACACCUGCCUCCGCAUCCCCAAGGAGUUGGAGAAGUUGAUGACAUUUGGCUUCUUCCUGUGUCUGGAUGCCUUUCUCUAUGUGUUCACCCUGUUGCCCCUCAGGGUGUUGCUGGCCCUUUUACGGCUCCUCACAGUACCAUGCUGUGGCCUGAGUGGCUCACGCCUCCUUCAGCCAGCCCAGGUGUGUGAUGUACUGAAAGGCUUCAUUAUGGUGCUGUGUUACUCUAUGAUGAGUUAUGUCGAUUACUCCAUGAUGUAUCACCUCAUCCGGGGGCAGUCUGUCAUCAAACUCUACAUCAUUUACAACAUGUUAGAGGUGGCGGACCGUCUAUUCUCAUCUUUUGGCCAGGACAUCCUGGACGCCCUUUACUGGACAGCCACUGAACCAAAGGAGAAGAAGAGGGCGCACAUAGGAGUGAUCCCUCACUUCCUCAUGGCUGUUCUCUAUGUCUUUCUCCAUGCCAUCCUCAUCAUGGUUCAGGCCACCACUCUUAAUGUAGCCUUCAACUCCCACAACAAGUCCCUGCUCACCAUUAUGAUGUCAAACAAUUUUGUCGAGAUCAAAGGGAGUGUGUUCAAGAAGUUUGAGAAGAACAACCUUUUCCAGAUGUCAAACAGUGACAUAAAAGAGAGGUUCACCAACUAUAUCCUCCUACUCAUUGUCUGUCUGAGAAACAUGGAGCAGUUUUCCUGGAACCCAGACCACUUGUGGGUGCUGUUUCCAGAUGUAGUUAUGGUGAUAGCCUCAGAAGUUGCUGUGGACGUUGUCAAGCAUGCCUUCAUCACCAAAUUCAAUGAUAUUAGUGCUGAUGUAUAUGGUGAAUAUCGAGCAAGCCUUGCAUUUGACCUUGUCAGCAGUCGCCAGAAAAAUGCUUAUACAGACUACAGUGACUCAGUUUCCAGAAGAAUGGGUUUCAUCCCCCUUCCCUUAGCUUUGCUGUUGAUCAGAGUCGUAACCAGCUCAGUGAAGAUCCAGGGCUCACUCUCCUUUAUGUGUGUGCUGCUGUUUUACUUGGGUAUGAUCACUCUGAAGGUGCUCAACAGCAUCGUUUUGCUGGGGACAUCUUGUGGGUUUGUCAAAGAGGCCAACAUGGAAGAAAAGCUCUUCGACCCCCCUCCGUCUGUUGCUUCGAGCCGCGCCAACUCCAGAGCUCACCGAACCAAACACGUUCACGUGUCAGCACACCAAGAACCCAUGACGGCUGACAGAGUAGGAAUAUCACUGGCUUCUGUCAACCCUCCUCUGUCCAAAUCGGCAGAGAGCUCCACUCCCACGCUUCCCAAAAGUGACUCAGACACAUUUCUCACUACGCCUGACGAAGACAAUGACGACAAAAUAAUCAACGCCGACACAGGCCUGGAAGAGGAGGGGCUUAAACACAGAACACCUAAGAAAGACUUGCUGGAGAUAGACCGCUUCACCAUCUGUGGCAACCGGAUAGACUGAACGCCAUAGUUAAGUGUCGGACAGCACGGCAUGAUUCAGGGAUCAGAUGCGGGUCAUGGAGCAUGCUCAGACUGGACUUGUACUUGUGCACCUGACCCCUGGAGUAUUUAUUUAUUUAUUACUGACAAAACCAGCCAAGGAAUAAAGCUGUCAAUACAAGCAUCAGAGACCACUUCAAAUGGCUCCAGUUGGUUCAGUUUCUGUCCCCUGAACCAGGUCUACUCUCAGGAUGGGAUGUAGCUGCCAUGGCAACAGCCAGACAGCUGUUGAUGACAAUGGGAAACACUGGUAUGCAUAGCUGGACCGGGAUAUAAAGAGAGAAACCAAACUGGAUACAUGACAUGUACAAAGUGUGUUCAAUGGAGGCUUUACAGCUGGACUGUGCAAGUGUGUGUUCAAAAGCACAAUCAUGUAUAGCAAGGAUUUCUUUUUAGAAAGAACAAAACUUCAGUUUUUAGAUUUUUUUCAAAGGUCUGAAGAUUUCUGAUAUUUGAAAUGAAUUUUUUUUUUUUUUUAUGAAUUUCAGAUCUUUUUUCUAAAAUCAGCCAUGCUCAGAUCCAGGAUAAUAACUCAGUCACAUGAUCACACACUGAAAUCUCUGAAGUCAUUUUCUGGAACACACACCGACACACAUUUAAAUUGGUUCUUGCUUAAAAUUUAAUCACUGACAUUGAGCUCAAAGCUGAAAUCUAACACUGUUAACAUGGCUGCUGUAACAGAUACAGUCCAGUGUUACAGGGACUUGGUUGUAGCUUGUCCCACAGCUGACAUCCACCUCCUUAAGGUAAAUCUAGAGGCUGAGGGAGACGCCAUCUAAGUGCUGCAAAAACUGAGCAGUGCGUGUCCUCUGAAGCUGGUGAAGAUCGAGGACGGUGUAGAACCAAGUACAGAGCCCAUGAGGAAUGGUGAUAAUUCUCAUCUUUUUUAGAAACGCGCAUCUUGCCAAGUCAUUUCUACUGCAAACCUUCUGCUGAUCAUGAUGUAAGAGUAAACCCAAACUCUCCAUCAAUCACAAAGUAAAUGUAAAGUCAGCUAGUAUGAUGAAUGAAAUUAGAGCAUGAUACAGUUUGAUCACAUAAUGUUGCAAUUAAUGAAACUAUCAAAAGCCCAGGAUAGACAUGGA